AUGGAAUAUUAUCAUUUGCCUCUAGUACAUGAUGACGUUCUGUUAUAUUCCAAUGAAAAAUUUUACAAUUUAGUCAAUGAAUUAGCUAGAGAAAAUGUGCUUUCAAUAUUAAAAAUUCAAUCAAUACAUUCUGUUCAAUCUUUAUUGCAUACCAAUAAUGUAGUAGAAUUAUUUAACUACGAUUGUUCCGAUUUAAUUGAAAUAAAGAAAAAAUCAUGUUUUAUGUUAUCAGAUGGGACGUACAUCAUCAAAUGUGGAAUUAUUAAUGGACUAAACUAUCUUACAAAUAUAUUAAAACUAAAAGAUGAACAACGAACAAAACUGAAUGAAAGUUCGUCAUCAUUAAACGAAUUAAUAAUUAAACAUCCAUUAUUGAAAGCAUUAAUUUCCUAUUAUAAAACUAGUACUAUCUCCCUGAAUAAGCAUCAAGAAGGAUUUUUAACAACAUUAAUAAAUAAUAUAACAUCGAAUUUAAAAUGUCCAAAAAAUAAUGUUAGAUAUAAUCAGACAAUGCUAAAUUUUGCGCUGUCGUUAUUUAUACUCGGUGGUAAGAAUGCAUAUGAAUUCACUCGGUUGAAUAUUAGUCAAGCACUCCCAAGUUUAACUACGUUGAAAAAAAUAACAUCGAAUAACAAUGAGAAUGUAAUUGAAGAAGGUAAGUUUCAAAUAGAUCAUUUAUUGAAACAUGCAAGUGUAAUUGAUUGUCGUUAUGGAUUUAUGUCUGAAGACUGUACAGGUGUUAUACAAAAAAUAGAAUAUGAUUCAGCAACAAAUACAUUUAUAGGAUUUUCGAUUGAUAUCCGUUGUCCGCAUAUAUCGAAUAAUUUACGAUCAUCAAGCAAUGUAACUGAUAACACAAUGAUUGCUGAUGACGUUGACAAUGAAUCAGAUACAUGCAGUAGUAGUGGAAACGAAGACAAUGAUUAUUAUGGUGAGGAUGAUGAAAGUGAAAAUAUUUUUGAGGGUGAAGAUGAUGACAAAAUACCAUUGCAUCAUUUUGCGCAAGUGAGAAAUACAACAUUCUCAGAACUUAGAUUGUUAGCAUUCAUUAAUGCUGUGCAUACUAUUCCUGAGAAGAAAGCCGAUCAACAAAUGCAGUGA